GUCAAAGUCCUUGCACUCUUCACACCAGCAGCUCACCCACUGACCAACUUAUCUGGAAGGGUCUGGAUAUUUCCGUAAAGAUCCAUCGUGGCUAUAAAGGCUGAAGAACACUGAUGAUCAUUUGGAAAGAUUCACUUUACAAGUGUGAAGUCUUUAAGGUUUGAGCUGAAACCUUAGGAAGCUGAAUCCAUUAAGAUUCACUUCGGUAUCUUUAAGCCUUAAGUUAACUCGCUAGAAUUUUCACGUGACAAAGUCCCAAUUUUUUUUUUUUUUUUUUUUUUUUUUGAUGAAUUGAGAAGUUUUUUUCAAGACUUUUUGGCAUCUUAAACCAAUUGACCAAAACUGACGCUAGAAAUAACGACAUCACCUGCAAGAGUAGAUUAUUAUACGGGCAAUAAAAGUGAAUACGUUGGAAAUUCAUCAUGAGUAGCAGUGAGAUCGCUACAGUUUCAUCCCGGGAUCCACAGGCUUUCAAACGGACUGUAAAGAAGAUAAAAUGUGCCGCUAUGGUGGCCAAUUUGGCUAAAAGCUGGCAGGGAUGGGCUAAAGAACAUGCUGGCAAGCAAGAAGCCAUGCCAAGUGGCUGGAUGCCUUCAUCUGUGGAGGAGGAAGAUAAAAAAGAACGCAACCAUGUUGUUAAACUUACAGUUACCCCACGUGUAAUCUUAGCAGAUUCCAGUGACAAUAGUGAGAAUAAGAUCAGAACCUGCUCUGUAAACAAGACCAUUCAGCCAAAACGCAGUGAGUGCAGCAGCAGUGAUGUAGUUAAUGCCAUUCGUGGCAAGAUGGAGUCAGGUCCUGAGGAGACCAAGCCAUUCAUGGGCAACGAAUCACCAACACGGCGGCGGCAGAUGAGGGCACUACAAAGUGGAGAAGGAGGCGGGAGGAUACAGGACAGGAAACUAAAGCUCCAGGAGAAGAAGUUGGGGUCAAGAAGCAGCAGCGUGGACACAGACGACAGUGGGUUGGGAGAGGAAAGCGGGCUCAGCGACAACAAUGAAUCCAAAACCGAAAAUGGCGAGCCCCAGUCCAAAAAGCAGACCAACAGGCCAAAGAUUAAAAUUGCCACCACGGGUGACAUCAGAAGUCGCUGGCAACAGUGGUCUGAACAGCACAUGGAAGGCCAGAAGCUCAACCCCUUCAGUGAGGAAUUUGACUAUGACUAUGCUAUGGCCCAGCGCCUCCGCAAGGGUGACUCUGGCUAUGGACGACCGAAAGAAGGCUCCAAGACAGCAGAGAGGGGAGACAGGGCCCAGAAACACAUAUACAGGGAGAUGGAGGAGAUGGUCUGGAUUAUAAGAGACAUGGGCUUCAAGAAUAAAGAGGGUAGAACAAUCAUAACUUUUGGCCGUCUCUUUGACCGCUACGUUAAAAUCUCGGACAAAGUGGUGGGCAUUCUGCUUCGCUGCCGCAAACACAAGAUGCUGGACUUUGAGGGGGAGAUGCUGUGGAAGGGGCGGGAUGAUGAUGUCAUUAUUACCCUAAGGGAUUGAAAAGAUAUUAUGCACAUGCAAACGUACCUAUAAAUCUCAUACAUCAGAGCUCCAGUAGAAACGACUACUCAUGCUGAGCAUGCAAUGUCAUGCACGUAAGAAAAAUGUAGUAUCUUUAUAAUGUUUCGAAAUUAAACAUGCAUACAUAUCUAGUGUUUCACACACACACAGACACACACGCUAGAGUCAUUAGUUCUUCUCAUAUACCUGACAGAUUAUGGGGUGAAGGGAAGCUAUCUUUAGCUUGCCAACCAUGCUCAACUUGCUAACUAUGCUACAUGCUAGAAGCCUUAAGAAUCCAUCACAAUGUCAGUCAUGGUGGAAGGCUUUACUGAGUCUCCAGCUAAAGCAACAAGGACUUAUAGUUAAUUUCAUCUCAUAAUUCAUGACAGAAUUGACAUAGGAAGUCCAUGUCCGUUUAGCUAAUUUUGCUAAAAACAUGCAAGCAGUAAUAGCAACUUAGUGGUCUUGUUUAUUGUUUGUUUGUUUUCUUAAAUAGUUAAAAAGUACUUUAAUGAGACCAAUGUCUGUGUUUCCUUAGUUUGUUUUUAUUUGUUUUGUUUUUCGUCUUCUUUGGAAUGACAUUUUAAGACUAAAUAGUUAAAUUAAGCUAACAUUUACUUUUAGGUAGGAAUAUGUGACAUCUUUAGAAAUAGAAAUAAUGGAUAUAAAUGUACAUCAAACCUCAGUUUUCAACUAAAGUACUUACAAGCACACUACACCAGUCUUUCUUACAGGACUACAACCAUCCGUGUACUCUGGACCAUGCUCACUUUCUAAGAUUUAAUCUCCAGUAAAAUGUUUGGUCAAGAUGGCUUUCUUAUUUGCUUGACAUACACAACAAAAAUUAAUUUGCAAAAUAAUGUGAUUUUAUUUAGACAAGGGAAAGUGGCAAUAACAAGAAGCUUACAUGUACUAAUGUGAAUAAUGUGAAUGAGUUUGAAAAACUCUUGCAUAUUAAGUGUGUGUAAGGCGAGAUUCUUUAAAGUAAAUCGUUUUAGAGCAAACAUUUAGCAUACAUUAAAUGUUAAAAUGGGAUCAUCUCAUAUUGAAAUAAAAUGAAAGAGGUGCUUUAAAUGUCAAAUGUUUGCUUCUUUCAAAGUGAAAACGUGGGUGUUCUUACAGAAGGGCAACUUAAUAUAUAUGUAUUACAAAAACUGUAAACAUUUGUAUAAUGUGCACAGUUUUUUAGUUUUUAGUUAGUUUAUUUUCAGUAUUGUUGUGGUCAGAGUGGUGACACAUGCUAUGUGGAAGUAAACAAAGAAUAAAAAUUAAAUGCUG